AUGAUUAGUAAUCUAUUUGACUUUAAUGAGAUUAAGCAAUCUGAUGUAUUUGCUAUAAAGCAUUAUAAGGAUGCUAUCUAUAGAGGAUAGUGCUAAGAGAAAAAGAGAUAUGGUAAAGGGGUUAUUGCCUAUCAUAGUGGACGUAUUUAUGAAGGAGACUGGUUUGGUGAUAAGAGACAUGGGAGAGGUUUCGAGUAAUUUGUUAAUGGAAAUACAUAUUAAGGAGAUUAUAUUGAAGGUAAAGCACAUGGUAAAGGGUUAUUUACAUGGGAACAUGGAGAAGUCUAUGAUGGUGAAUGGGUGAAUGGAGUAAAAGAAGGAUAUGGUAUAUGGAAAGGCAUUCAUGGAGAUUCGUAUAUAGGCUAAUGGAAAAACUCAAAGGCUGAUGGUUACGGAGUUCAUUAAUGGAAAAACGGGGAUAAAUAUGAAGGCGAGUGGAAAGCUUGCUUGAGACAUGGAAACGGUUCUGAUUUCUUCUCAAAUGGAGAUUAAUAUGUAGGCUAGUACUAAUUCGGUAAUCCUAAUGGCUUUGGAUAGUAUAAAUGGGCAAAUGGGAACUCUUAUGCUGGUGAAUUCAAGGAAGGUAUGAAGAACGGAAAGGGAAAAUGGAAAAAAUGUAUUGAACCAGGCUAAAAGGUUAGCAAUCAUUUUGAAGGAGAGUAUUAAGAUGAUCAGAAGCAUGGCUAUGGAGAAUUUAACUGGCAAAGUGGAAAUAAAUACAAGGGAUAUUAUGAAAAUGACUAAAGAAAUGGCUAUGGAGAGAUGUAUUGGAAAGAUGGAACUAUAUAUAAGGGAUACUGGGAAAAUGGAGUUCAAAACGGUUUAGGUAUAUUUGUAUUUCCAGAUGGAUUCAAGCGAAUAGGUUUCUUUGAGUAAAAUGUGUACAAGUCUAAUGUAGAAACUAUAGAUUAAUAUCAAUAAUUCAGAAUAAAAAACCCUGAUAAAAAGAUACCUGAGGGAUUCAAGCAAGAAAUCAAGGAAUAUUUGGGAUAUUAUGAUCAUGAUAGUGAAGCAGAUGAAAACUUUAUUGAUAAAGAGUUUAAAAAGGCAGAGCGAGAAGACCCACCUGAAGAGACAGCCUUCAAAACGAUGUAAGAUCUUAGAGCUAUCUAAGAUUUGAAUGACAAAGAUAAGAAAUCUAAUACAAAGCAAAAUCUAGAUAAAGACAUGCUGAUACAGCAAAAUGAAAGCAAAUACGGUUAAAUUAAACCAGAUGAGAAAUUUAUGACUCUAAGAAACAAGCAUAGUGAGAGAAGAAAUUUCAAUACAAAGAAUCUACCAGUAAUUGCUUCAACUCUAAUAAAAGUAAAUUAGAAUAGCUCACCCUCAAGCAAUAACUAUGGCGAGAAUGACAAGCUGAUAUAUCAUGACUUUGAUUACAUGAGGAAGAUAACUCCAAUGGAGUUGAACUAAUCAUUUCAUGGAUCAACUGGGAGUGUUAAUAGCAUAUAAACUAGAAAUUUCAAACAGUUUCAUGUGCAAAACAAUUCAAUAGGCCAGUUCAGAUCAUCAAGUAGGAUGAUGGAUAAUAAUUCAUUUUCAAAACCCUAUGAAACUCUACCCGAGAAAAAAAUUAUUAAAAACAAAACACCACUCAGAUAGAAUACAAUCCCCAUAACAUUAAAUAAUAAUGGUGGUUAUAAUAACAAUAGAUUUUAAGCUUAUUUGAGGCCUCAGUUGCCGCCUACAAAAAGAGAGAAUAAUCUAAUCUUAAGGCCAUUAAAUACUGAUUCUAAAGAUGCUUUUGAUAACUCAUUUAUUGAAUCGAUAAAUUAGAUUAUUAAUGGCAAUGGAGGAGGGUACUCAAAUAUAAAUGCUAGCGUUAACAGUAAUGGGGGAGUUACUAGAAGAAAUGGCUAUUAAACUUAGAAUAUGAGGCCUUUGAAUUUAAGGAAUAAGGUCUGGCGACCAACUGGAAAAAAUAUAAAUUUAAAGAAAAUUGAUUCAAUUAAAAAAGCUAGUGCACAUUAUUAUGAUUUAAAUUAGAGUGCUUAUGAUUGA